AUGAUCUCGGAGACCAUUCGCCGUGUGAAUGGCUACGAACACAAUGCAUACACGUACUAUCCGGUCAUCAUUGUUGGUGCUGGAGCUUCUGGCAUCGCCAUGGCAUGUCAGUUGAAGCAGCAGUUUGGAUUCGACCAGUUCCGUGUAUUUGAAAGGCAAGCGGGUAUCGGAGGGACGUGGUGGAUCAACCGAUACCCCGGUGUUGCCUGUGACGUACCCGCAGUCUUCUACUCGUUCUCCUUUGCGCAAAACCCCAACUGGACCUCGUUCCACCCUCCCGGCCGCGAGAUCGUAAAGUACUACCACGAAGUGUGCCAGACCUACCGAAUCACCGACAAGAUGGAAUGCAACACAGACGUUGAGGGCUGCAGAUGGCUGGAAGAUGAGCAGCUAUGGGAAGUCACAAUACGCCGAAUGAUGGCAGGCAUGGGAGAUGUCUCGUCAAAGGAGCGCGCUAGAGUAGUAGAAGAGAAAGGCGAACACGCGGUGUACUCGGAGACUGAAGUCAUCAAGGCCAAGGUUGUUGUCAGCUGCGUCGGCGGCCUUGUCGAGCCCAGGGGCUGGCCUGAUGAAAUCCCUGGUCUCGAGAAAUUCAAGGGGAAGGUCUUCCAUUCUGCCCGGUGGGACGAGACGGUCGACCUCGAGGACAAAAAUGUGGUUGUUGUAGGCACAGGGUGUAGCUCCGCACAGAUCGUACCGAGGCUGCCUCAUGCUCCCUACCAUGCCAAAUCGGUCACUCAGCUCAUGCGGUCUCCCCCAUGGGUCGUGCCUGCGGUGAGCCCUCCUGGAGGUGAUGCGUGGUGGGAGAAGAAUGGACCUAGGUUGAUGAAGGCCAUCCCCGGCCUCAAAGAGCUCCUGCGGUUCUUGAUCUUCAUUGGUGCUGAAGCCGGGUUCGUGAAGCUCUUUCCAAACACUCCGUAUGCAGACAAGCACCGGAAGCUCUACGAGGAAAAGAUCUUGGCGUGGGUGAAGAAGACUGUGCCGGAGAAGUACCUCGAGAUUCUGACACCAGACUACGGAGUGGGUUGCAAGAGAAGGAUCUUCGACAAGCGUUGGCUGAAGAGCCUGAGCGACCCCAAGAUUGAGCUCACGACCAUGCCGCUCACCCGCUUGAGGGAGAACAGCGUUGUUCUCGGUCCUGGCGCCAGGUACCCCAAGAAUGCAAGCGAGGAGGACUAUCCAGAACGAGAGGUAGCUGCGGAUGUCAUUGUUCUAGCCAACGGAUUCGACACGACUCGAUGGCUUCAUCCUCUGCGCGUGGUGGGCAAGGAAGGCCAGGAUCUGGUCGAGCUCAUGGAUGAGCGUGGAGGUGCGCAGGCGUACCAAGGCACAGCCAUGGAUGGGUUUCCGAACCUGUUUCUUAUCUUUGGUCCCAACACAGCAACAGGACACUCGUCGGUCGUCAUGGCCAGUGAGAACAUGGUCAACUACAGCCUGAAUUUCAUCAAGCUUGUGCUCAACGGAGAAGCCAGCACGGUGGAGGUGAAGAAGGAGGCGGAGAUUGCGUACACGGAGGAGAUGCAGAAGGCGCUCAAAGACACCGUCUGGCAGAGUGGCUGCUCGUCGUGGUACUACACAAAGGACGGGUGGAACUCGACAGUCUACCCAUACAGCCAGAUAGACUUCUGGCGACGGUGUGCUUUCCCCAAGUACAGCGACUGGAACAUAUCGUACACGAGCAAGGGCAUAGCGAAGAUCAGGCGGACAAGGGCACUGCGGCUUCUGAGUGUUACUCUUGCUGUCAUUGGCGUGUACCGCUGGCGCAAGAGCGGCCUCGGCGGCAAGGACAUUAGGGAGGUGUUGCAGAGCGUUCUUCAGGGUGCGUGGGCAAGCGUGGUGCAGGCCUGGGCGUUGGUGAAGGAACCGGCACGACGUGUUUGA